UUGGACGCGGACAGGCACUUUGUUUAUUUCACGCAGACAUCGUCUCUCUCUCGAAAACACUGCUCACCCAACUCUAAAUUAAGGUGCAAGUGGCUGGAGACUGAGAUGAGCCUGAUACUAGGGUAGUGGUCGCAGUAAGACCAAAAUGGCGGCCGAAAAGUGUUUGACAAUUUCGUUGUUUCUGGCGUCGCUGGCUCUGCCUGGUGAGAGUCGCACCUCAUCUGCCGACUUCUUCCGGGGGGCCUCCAGCCAGUAUCUGUGGAAAGCAGGCGAAUGGGGUUCAUGCUACGCAGAGGUAGGAUGUGGAGACGGCAGAAGAAAUCGUCCAGUUUACUGCUACGACACAGUAAACAAACGAACAAUAAAAGACUUUCAGAUUUUAUGCGAUCAGGAGAAGCCAAUCCAGACAAAAAGCUGUUUUGUUGCUUGCAGACAUCAUAAAGAUCACUUGGAAUGGAGGGUAGACGAUUGGGGUCCUUGUCAACAGAGAGAGAGCAACAGUGUAGGUCGGCAAGACUAUGGCAUCAUGUUCAGGAACGUCAGCUGCAUAUUAGCAGCUCAUGAAGCAAAUCAGAUGUCACGAGUGGUCGACGACGACAACUGUCUGAUGUUGAGCGAGCAGCCGCCCCGUCACAAGGAGUGCAGCCUGCCGCUGCGCCAGGACUGUGUGCUGACCGACUGGUCGCCUUGGACCGUCUGUUGUGGCAACAUGCAGCACCGCACCCGCAGUGUGCUUGUCGCUCCGCACUAUGGCGGCCAGCCGUGUCCCCCUCUGAGCGAAUGGCAACACUGCGACGGGGGAUUCGAGGAGGGCGACUGCUUGGGAGGGCAAGUAGUAGGGGGCAAACAGUUGAACGGCGGACUGCGCCUGCGCGUGGACAAGUGGGGCGAGUGCUCGCCGCGUGUGGGUGGACCCUUGGCCGGCCUGCAGGUGUGGGAUGGUGACAGCCAGGGUAGGGCCGACACCUUCUACAAGCAUUGGCCACAGGUGGGACUGCAAACGCGUACUGUCACCUGUCUCAAUUCAACUGGUGCUCAGCUGCAUAUCGAUGUUUGUCUGAAAGAGAAAGGAGACUCCAACCUGCCACUGAAGGAGAGAGCAUGCAUUGUGGCACAGGACUGUGUGGUCAGUGAAUGGUCCGAUUGGAAUGUCAUUCAGGAGGGAUGUGUGGAUGCUGUUGGACAGGCGUUUUCAGACGACGUUUCCAGAGUCGACAGACACAAAUGGCUGCUAUCGAAAUGGAGUGCUUGUACUCUGCCAGACAUAAUGUCAGAGGUGGUAUGCGGUGGAGGUCUUCAGCUAAGGAAUAUUACAUGCAUAUCAGUUCAAACCGGCCGUCCGCUGCCAAACAAGGCCUGCUUUGCUCUACAACCACCGCCCACUAUUCAAAGGUGUGAGGUUGCCUGUCCAAGAGACUGUGAGGUUGGCCCCUGGGGUGAGUGGGGACCCUGUCUACCGUUGCAGUGUCCAAUCAACGAUGACUCUGGAUAUGUCAAAGGUCACAGGAAACGAUCUAGGGCGGUCAUCACUCCGCCGAGUGCCCUGGGAGUGGAAUGCCCGAGCCUGACCGAGGUACAGCCUUGCCCGAACCCGCAGUGCUACAAGUGGACACUCGAGCCUUGGGGCAGUUGUGUCUUGGACCCAGGCAAUCUGCACUGUGGCACCGGAACCCGGACCAGGAAUGUCUUCUGCACCACUCACCAAGGAGAAACUGUUGUGAACUGGCUGUGCACUCAGAUGAAGCCCCCGGUGGAGGAAAAGUGCCUGUUGCCGUGUCCGUUCGACUGUGUGGUGUCCGGUUGGUCGUCGUGGAGUUCGUGCUCCCAGCAAUGCUCCAGCAAAACCAAAAUGGCGUUCCGACAGCGGAACAGAACCGUUAUUGCGCCUCCCGGGCAAGGCGGUCACCCAUGCCCGAACCCCGACGAAAUGCUGCAGAUGGAGAGCUGCAACUCGCACGGCUGUCACGGCUACAGCUGGCGGACUCUGCCCUGGCAAGCGUGCAACGCCACUUGCGACGCCGGUGACGGCAUUCAGACCAGGGACGUCUGGUGUGUACAGGACAACCAGUACCAAGUUGCCAACGAAGAAUGCGGCCUGCUGCCGAAACCGGUAGAAUGGCGCACUUGCACCCGGGACUGUGCGGUUGAGUGCGAACUGUCGCCCUGGUCCGAGUGGUCGCCGUGUCCGGUGGAGACGUGUGCGGCCAACGGCACACGACUGGGCCCCACCACGCAGUCGCGCUACCGAGUCGUCGUCGAGGGCAACAGCUGUCAGCAGCCGCUGCAGGAGUCACGUGACUGUCUGCCGGCCGCCGCCGGCGAGCUGCAGUGUCCCCGGUACACGUUCAAGGCGGGACUCUGGUCGCAGUGUCAGCUAUCAACGAACACCCGUUGUGGCCACGGACUGCGCACGCGCGACCUCUGGUGCAGCAAGGAGAACUCGGACACACACGAGGAGCUGCGACUCUGCUUGAAGAACGGCAACCCUGUGCCGAUGACCGUGCAACGUUGCCACGUUGACUGCCACCUGCCCUGUCAGCUGACUGAGUGGAGUUCCUGGUCACAGUGCUUUCAGCCCUGUACCGCAAUGCGCAUCAGAACCAGGCAGCUCAUUGGUGCGUGCGAAAUUGACAGAUCGUUCAUCAUCGGAAACCUGGAUUGUAACGAUCUGCCAUUGUUGGAAAAGAUGGCCUGUCCUUGUGAACAGUACUACGAGAGGCCUAUCUCUGAUUGGUCCACCUGUAUAACCAAUGACAGCUCGGGAUGUGGAACGGGCAUGCGCUAUCGGGCUUUUGAAUGCAUCAAUGACAAAGAACAGAUGGUUGAUCCCAGUAUGUGCGGAGGAAUGACGGGUUUACAGGACGAGCCAUGCUUGGUUUCAUGUCCCGUUGACUGCCAACUGAGUGAAUGGUCUUCCUGGGGAAGUUGCAAUGUGCUGUGUGGUCCAGGUCUACAGAACAGGACAAGAACGGUGACUCGACAGGACUCGAACGGCGGUCGUGCAUGCGGGGCGCUCACCCAGUGGAAACUGUGUCGUGUGCCGUGCAGUGUGUUCCAAUGGCAAGCGGGCGGGUGGAGUGAGUGCAUUCUCAUUCCCUCGGACCGAGGCAACCAGUGUGGUGAGGGCGAUCAGUACAGACAAGUCGCGUGUAUUGACACAAGAACAGGUGAAGAGGUGAGCAAGGACUUUUGUGAUUGGACGACUCAACCAUCCGACACGAACGCAUGCCAUGUUGCAUGCCCUGGCGACUGUGUGCUCAGUUCAUGGUCCGAGUGGUCUCUAUGCCCUAAGAACUGCUUGGGAAGCACAGCCCAACAACGCACUCGCUCACUGCUGAGAGCCGCCUCCAACAUCGGCGCCCAAUGUCCGCACAAGAUCCAGACACAGGCCUGCCAACUGAACCAGACCUGCUUCACGUACCACUGGGCGGUCACCCCGUUCAGCUCCUGUCUGCCUCUGGGCGGGAGUCCGUGCGGCGAGGGCAUGACCACCAGGGCCAUCUACUGUCAGCGCAGCGAUCUCUGGCCUGUAGAGGACAGCUAUUGCAGUGAGGAAACGAAACCAGGUCCAGCUGAGAAGUGGUGCUACGUCGAUUGCCCCGUGGACUGCAAGAUUGCCGAAUGGAGUGACUGGAACGCUACCCAAUGUCAAUGUGGCGAUACAGGCCUGAGCAGACAUGCAUUCAUCGGCACCAACCCGAGUUCAUCAGGUCGACCCUGUCCCUCUCCCCUGCUGCAGUGGAAAGCUUGCCCUGCGAAGCCCUGCUACAGCUGGACGCCUGGACCAUGGACACCUUGCCAACUACAUGGAGCGACAUGCGGUCACGGUGUCCGCAACCGUAAUGUGUCAUGCGUGCGCGUGAAGGACAAUACAACAGUGGAGGCGUGGCACUGUGCCAAUACGGGACCAACGCAUCGGCCCAUCGCCUGGGAGACGUGUCACGUGGCCUGCGACAGUGACUGCCAGCUGUCCGAGUGGAGUCACUGGAGUCACUGUCACGGAGACUGCUUCAAAGACAUGUCAGGUUAUGCGACCAGAUCCCGUGCUGUGUUGAGGCCCCCGCAGGCCAACGGAGGCGAACCGUGUCCCGAAGCUCUAUGGGAGACCAAGACCUGUGACCUUGGGCCGUGCCUCACUUUCGACUGGGUCAUCACGCCAAUGGGAGAAGUCGUGUGCCAGAGAUCCGAUGGUAUUCAUGUUGUUGGUGGCUGCGAUGAGAAGAAGAAGCCAGAUCUGUGCAAAUGGAAGGACGGUCGUUGCGUGUGUGUGGAUGGAGCCAUAGUCCAGCCUCAGACGGCCUGUCAGGAUGAAAUCAACGAAGUGCAGGCCCGCUUGUAUAUACCCGAGGACAAUGAUUUGAAUAUCUGGAUGUUCGCUAUGAUUGCCAUUGGUUUUGUUUUCAUCAUAUUCGUUGUAGCUUCUGUCUACAUUCUCUGCAAUUCCGCCCGUUAUCAACAAGUUUGUGACCAGUCAUUAAAGUAGAAAGUCCACAUCUCUUCAUUGAAGGAUACGCCGCUCGCUCGGCUAAUAGAUGGAGGUAAAUAAGUUUCGGUCCAUCAAAUGAAAUGGAAAGGUUCAACUCUCCAGCUGAUUAGUCAAAUUCACACAAGCGUGGAGAUAAGAGUGAGUACACAUUGUUACCAAAAAUGAAGAUUCGUCCAGUCAGCGUCUCAAAAUAUUACAUAUUAUGAAACUUGUAGAGUGAGAGAUCGUUUUUAUACUUUUAGAAGUUUAUAUGUUCGCUCAACAAUGAGAAGUUCUUUCGAUUUUCAAGUAACCGAAACGUAUCAGGUUUAAUUGAAACAUAGAUGUUUCAAAUCCUUCAUUUUGAGGUUGUGAUUAUUAUAAUAUACAUUCCUUGAUUGAGAAUUUUACUCUUUCUUACUACAUGGUGAAGUUUUUUCAAUAUUUAUGGGGGUAACAAGAACUUUGAGACGGCAUUAUUUUCAAAUAUAUAUAUCAGGCAGCAGAUUGUAGUCUGCUGUUGUCUGUAUUGUAUUGUAUAUGUAUACUGACAGUUACCAAGUGACUGUAUUUUUUAGAUAUUUGUACAUAAAUGUAUAUGUUUCAGUUAUGUUUGCCAAAAAAUGUAUAUCUAUUAUCAUAUAUAUUAUUAUAUAUUCUGUAACCCGGCUCUCAAAGAAAGGUUGGCUUAGCUAUUGAAAAUCAAAGUUUUGGGUUGAAAAAUUGUUGUACAGUGUUAUUUAACUAAAUUUAGUAGACUAUUGGUUGUAUAACUGAAUCUGUUUGUAAUUAUAAUUUGAAUACUUUUUGUAAACUUUGAAUCUAAAUACUACUGACUUUUGGAUAUUCUAUUUAUUUGCAACAAUAUGGGAGCACACGGGAAAAUCCCAAAAUUUGCUACCCAAUCAAAAAAAAAACAA